AUGGCCAGUGUGCCCCCAAUGACGGACGGUUGGCUGGCCGUGUGGCAUGCCUACCGUCUGCCUCUUCUCAUCACCUUGCCCACUUUCCUUAUUAUUGUCCAUGUCUAUCGCAGAUUCCAAGCCCGUUCGAAGACUCCGGCCUCCACCUCGAUUCCUUCCUCGCCCCGAAGUAUCUCACCGGAGAAAUUCGAAAAACUUGAGCCUCCAUCUGAGAAGCCCCCCGUGUCGACUACGAAAACCAAUGGCAAACCCUCCAAAUCCGUGGGCCCCAAGCGUGUUCAAGGCAAGAAGCCUGCAAAAACCAUCACUGGUCGCGGUGGAUCCGACCAAGAUUCCCACCCGGUGUCGUUCAUUCAACCCAUAAUUUUCUUCGCCUCAUUGACCGCGACGACCGAGAGAUAUGCCCAUCAACUGCUGGAGGAUCUGCGCGCAGCGGCGCAAGACCGAGCAGACUCUCAGAAUCGUGAACGCGGUCUUCUCCCCCCACAGAUCCAUGACCUGUCCUACAUCGACUUCGAGGACUACUUUGUCUCUGCCCCGCAGCCACCGGCCACGUCUCCUGGUACCCGCUACGUCUACUGCUUGUUGAUCCCCACGUACAAUAUCGAUACAGUCCUCAAUGUAUUCCUGGGUCAUCUGGACGAAACCCACCACGACUUCCGCAUCGACACGGCGCCAUUGUCAAACCUUGCAGGUUACUCGGUUUUUGGGUUCGGAGAUAAGGAAGAAUGGCCAACCGAGGAAGAAGGGUUCUGCUCGCAGGCCAAGGAGCUUGAUCGUUGGAUGGCAAAACUCACGGGCCGCAAGCGUGCUUACCCGUUGGGCAUGGGUGAUGUCAAGAGUGAUGCGGAAGCUUCUAUGAAAGAAUGGUCCAGUGGGCUCCAGGAUAUUCUCUACGACAUCUUAGAGCACGGCGGGCUCGGCGAGGGAGUUCCGGGGAGCGGCGAUGCUCAGGAAAGCGAUGAGGAGGAUUUGGAUGACGGGACCAGCGACACUCAGUCCAAGAAGAAAAACAAUGCCCCGACCAUGGUGGAUCUAGAAGAUAUCAAGAUGAACGGUGAUUCCGCCGCCCCGAUCCCCGUCGACUUUACAACUGCCGGGAAGUCCGCCAGUCCUGAUGCCAGUGCCAAGGAGAUGGUUCCGAAGACCUCACCGACCUAUGCGGCGUUGACAAAGCAGGGAUAUUCGAUCGUGGGCUCGCACUCUGGUGUCAAGAUCUGCCGAUGGACCAAGUCAGCGCUGCGUGGUCGUGGAUCGUGCUACAAAUACUCGUUUUAUGGCAUUCGAUCGCAUCUGUGCAUGGAAGCAACCCCAUCGCUGUCGUGCAGCAACAAGUGCAUUUUCUGCUGGCGCCACGGUACGAACCCGGUGGGAACAACGUGGCGCUGGAAGGUGGAUUCGCCGGAUCUGAUCUUCCAGGGUGUUAAGGAAGGCCACUACAAAAAGAUCAAGAUGAUGCGCGCCGUACCCGGUGUCCGCGCAGAGCGGUUCGCUGAGGCUAUGCGCAUCCGGCACUGCGCGCUCAGUCUCGUCGGGGAACCCAUUUUCUAUCCCCACAUCAACCGCUUUUUGGAACUGCUGCACGGCGAACACAUCUCCAGCUUUAUGGUGUGCAAUGCCCAACAUCCGGACCAGCUCGAGGCCUUGCACCGCGUCACGCAGCUAUAUGUCUCGAUCGAUGCCAGCAACCGAGAGAGUCUGCGAAAGAUUGACCGGCCUCUGCACCGCGACUUUUGGGAGCGGUUCCAGCGCUGUCUCGACAUUCUCCGGGAAAAGCGCCAUGUCCAGCGGACCGUGUUCCGACUGACCCUCGUCAAGGGAUUUAAUGUCGAUGAGGAAGUGAUCGGGUAUGCUAAUUUGGUCGAAAAGGCUCUGCCGUGCUUCGUGGAGAUCAAGGGUGUCACAUACUGUGGAACCAGCACGAGCGCCGGAGCCGGGCUUACUAUGCAGAACGUGCCUUUCUAUGAAGAGAUUUCGGCGUUCGUCGUCGCCCUGGACCAGGAACUGCAGCGUCGGGGUCUACAGUACGGUAUUGCCGCAGAGCACGCACACAGCUGCUGCGUACUGAUUGCCUCGAACCGUUUUCACGUAAAUGGGAAAUGGCACACUCGGAUCAAUUACGACCGCUUUUUUGAGCUGCUUGAGAAGGAAAAGGCCGAUGGCACCGUCUUUACUCCAGAGGAUUACAUGCGGGAUACCGAAGACUGGGCUCUCUGGGGGCAGGGGGGUUUCGACCCCAACGAUGAGCGAGUGUACCGGAAACGCCGCAAUAAGAACCCGGCCAUCGAGGCUGCACCGACGUCGUGA